AUGGCCAGCAGCAAACUUUUCAAGCCCGUCACCAUCGGCAAAAUCACCCUGUCUCAUCGCAUUGGGCUAUGCCCCCUUACACGCCAUCGCGCCUCGGACGAUCAUGUGCCUUCUGAGCUUGCAGUACAGUAUUACAAGCAACGCAGCAGUGUUCCCGGCACUCUACUUAUCACAGAGGGCACUUUUAUAUCGGCUGCAGAUGGUGGCAAUAUCAACAUCCCCGGCAUAUACAACCAGCAACAAAUUCAUGCCUGGAGGAAGGUCACGGAUGCGGUUCAUGCAAACGGCGGCUACAUCUUCUGUCAGCUAUGGGCCCUUGGCCGUGCUGCCAACCCGGAAGUGGCCCGUCGCGAAGGAAUUACCCCAGUGAGCUCAAGUCCGGCCCGGCUGAGCUUGGAAUUCCCGAUACCUCACGAACUCACCAUCGAUGAGAUCAAAGAAAAAGUUCAAGCAUAUGCCACCGCGGCUAGGAACGCUAUUGCUGCUGGAUUCGACGGGGUUGAGCUCCACGGUGCUAACGGCGCUCUGACGAGUAUGGAGGCAAUAUCGAGAAUCGCUCCCGUUUUUGCUAUUGAGGUUGUUACCGCGGUCAGCGAAGCUAUCGGGCCCGAGAAGACGGGUAUCCGAUUUAGCCCUUGGAGCAGAUUUCAGGGAAUGCGGAUGAACGAUCCCAUCCCGCAAUUUUCACAUAUCCUCCGCAACAUUAGCAAACUUGGUAUUGCUUACAUCCACCUCGUUGAGUCCAGAAUAGCGGGCAAUGCCGACGUCGAGUCCCAAGACAGUCUAGAAUUUGCGUACGAUAUAUGGAAGGGCCCACUGCUAGUUGCUGGCGGAUUCAAACCAGAUUCUGCACGACACUUAGUUGACGAGCAGCAUCCCGACAAGGACAUUAUUGUCAUGUUUGGCCGAUAUUUUAUUUCAACUCCAGAUCUGCCGUUCCGGAUCCGAAAUGAGCUGAGCCUCAAUGACUACAACAGAGACACGUUUUACACCCCCAUGGCUAGUGGUGGAUAUAUAGAUUAUCCAUUUAGUGAUGAGUUUCUAGCCCAAAAGGCGACGGCAUGA